AUGGAGUUUGGACUCUCAAAAUGUGCUAUGAUGGUGAUAAGACGAGGAAAGGUUGUCAAGACAGAAUGCAUAUGUAUUCCAAGUGGUGAAAUGAUAAAGGCAACUGAACUUGAAUCUGGUUCUUCUGAGAAGUGUUUUGGGAAAAAUAUUUCUUCACCUGAAUCAGAAUGUAUAAGGAAAGAAAAGUCAAAAAAAACAUCCACUGAGAAGGUGGAUAGUCAACCAAUUACCAAGAAAACAAAUGAAGCUGCAUUAGAAAAGAAAGCCACAAGUGGUGAAUAUGCGUCGGUUUUUCCAAAGGAACUUGAAGAAAAACUUACAAGAAAAGUUAACUAUGAAAAAGAGAAAAUUGAACAAGAAUUAUCUAGAAUCAAAUUACAGUCAUGUAAAGAUGCGAAACAACACGAAGAAGAGUGUCAAAAACUUCGUAUUCAAAAUGAAAAGUUGCAAGAGCAAAAAAGAAAGACUGAAGAAAACUUAAAUCAGAAGGUUAAUCAACUCUCCAAUCAAAUCAAGAACAACAAGGUGAAAUAUCAGAAAAUUAUUGAGGAGAAUAACAUUUUAAAGAGACCCCCUCCCAAACCUGUUGUUGAUAAUUCAGAAGAGAAGAAAUUAGAACAAAAAGUUCAUAUUUUGGAAGAAGAACUUGAUAAAAACUCCAGAAGGCUUGAAAUUUCUGAGAAAUUUAAAGCUAAAUCUGAACUGAGAAUAAAGGAACUAGAAGCUGAGAAAAUUAAAAAUGAAUCAAAUUCAAAGAGACUGAAAGAACUUCAAAUUUCUCAUAAAAAUUUGCAAAAUGAUAAAUCAAGAUUAAGUGUAGAAAAUAGCAAACUCAAUGAUGCUUUAACUCAGGCUGAAAAACAGUGUGCUUCAUUCAAUAUCCAGUUGAAAGACCUGUAUAAAGAAAUAGAAAAUAAGGAUGCUGACAACAGUGAAAAAAUUAAAGAAGUUGAAAAAGAACUUUUGUUAGUUAAAAUGGAAAAUAAACGUUUGCUGGAAACAAAUAUGCACCUGAAUAAUCCUCUAACAAUUGAGGCAUCCCUUGAACGCCAAGAUCCAACUGGUGCCCCAAAUGGUGACGUUCAAGAGGAAAAAUUUACUUGUACCAAAAUUUCACUUAUUGAACAUGAGCGAAUUCUUGGAGAAAAGAAUUCUGAAAUAAUGCGGCUAACUUCUGAAUUAUCUACUCAAGAGACUGAGGCUACAGCCAGAGUAGAAGAGAAAGAUAAUGAAAUUGGAGCCUUAACAUGUAAAUUAAACAACAAUAUUAAAGAAGUUGAAGAAUUAAAAAAGGAAAUUAAAGUCUGGCAUGCUAAAAAUGAUGAUCUCAGAAAAAAGAACUGGAAAGCAAUGGAAGCUGUAGCUGAGUCUGAGAAGUCUACAGAACAGCAAAUUGUUGAUGCUGUAUGUACUGCUGAAAUGCAGGCUGCUGAUACUUUUUCACAUGACAGAGCACUAUUACAGAGUAUCUUUCCAAGUAUAACUGUUGAUAAAUCAUUGAAACAUACAAUUUGGAUGAAAACAUUUGAACAGAAAGCCGUUGAAUUCUUAAAAUCUAAAGCUGAUGAACCAGUUUCUGAUUUGAAAGAAAUGACAAAAAAUGUAGAAUUAUUCGAAAAAAAGCUUGAUGUGGCUAUGAAGGAAUCAACAGAAUUAGCUGCCCAAUUAAAGACUGAAAAAGAUCUUCAAAUAAAAAUAUCUGAUAAAUUAAAAGAAUCAGAAACUAAGUUUAUAGAAUUACAGUCAACUUACGAAAUAAAAUCAUUGGAAUUGUCUAAUGAAUUAGCUAUCCAAACGAAGAAAUAUUCAGAUCUUAAAAAAAUGUAUGAGGCUUUACACUCAAAUUUGCAACAUAAUGAAGUAGAAAAUAAAGAGUUAAAAGAGCAUGUUAACUCAUUGAACAUGCGGUUAGCAGAAGCACCUGAAGAUAAGAUUAAAUUAGAAAAUAAACUCAAAGAAUAUCAAAAUCUUUUUUUAAUCACUGAUGAAAAAUUACAAUUGCUCCAAAAAAGUGUUGAGGAAGAAGAGGAAAAAUGGAAACAUGCUUUAGCAGAGGCAGAGAAAGAGAUACAAAUUCUUAAAGAAAAGCAAACAUCUUUAGAAUACUUAAAAUCAGAAGUAAGUAAACAACAAGCCUUAAUUGAGGAAGAACAAAGGAAGAACAGAGAUUUAGCACAAACUGUUGUAAAGCUUAAUGGAAUUAUCAAGACUGGACAAGAUGCAUUAUCUCAAGAGCAGAAACUAGUUGAAAAUCUAAAACAAAAAUUAUCUGUGAGGGAAUCAAGUAAUUCAACACAGAAAAUAGAGCAAACAUCAGGGAUUGCUAAUAGUGAUGUAGGAACUUCAGUUUAAGAGGACCAAAAUCUAAAGAUAUCUUCAUCAAUUGGAAGGCCAUACACAAGAAUCUAAAACUACACAUCAUGUAUUCUAAUUGAUCUUUUUUUUCAUUUCUUUUCAAUUUUGUUAUGACUACAUUUAAUUUUUUAAUAUGUCAAUUUAUUGCUAACAUGACCAGUUUACUUUUGACUUUAAUAUCAUAUUUAAUAGUAGGUGGCGAGCUGGCAGAACCAUUAGCACACUGGGCAAAAUGCUUAGUGAUAUCUCGUCUGUUUUUACGUUCUGAGUUCAAAUUCCGCCAAGGUUGACUUUGCCUUUCAUCCUUUCGGGGUUGAUAAAAUAAGUACCAGUUGAGCACUGGGGUUGAUAUAAUCAACUUACCCAUCUGCCCAGACAUUGUUGGCCUUGUGCCAAAAUUUGAAACCAAUAUUAUAUUUAGUAGUAGUUGAAUACUUUAUAUCGCUUGAUAGAUUUUUUUUUUUUUUAUAUAGCUAACAACUGUAUUUAAGGAAUCUUGUGCCUUUUAUAGAAGUUGAACUUUUAAAAUAUUUUUUAAGUAAUGUACUUAUAAAAGUUCAAAUUCUUUAUUUAAUUUAGUAUGUGAGGAAAUUUGUUAAUUUAAGUUGUAAUUUUGUGGAUAAAAGGAAAUAGACACUUUUGCUGAAUUAAGCUGAAGUUUGAAACAUUUUCAUAGAUAAUUAUGAUUGAAAUUUUUCCUUUGAAUUGUUUUAAAUUUACUUUUAGCAACUCAAACAUUCCACUUUAAUUUCAUUGAUAAAAAGUCAAAAUUGAUUAUUAGUAUUUGUUGUUUAACCCUCACAUACUGUAGCAAUUUGAAAAUAAUGAUGGGUAAGGAGUUAUGAUUUAAUUAAUUGAAUAUUAUAAUUUGUAAUAAGAUUUCCUGUAAACAUUUCCUUAUAUCACAAUGUUAAGAUUCAAAUGUAACUUGUUUCUUCAAUUCAUUUCUUUAACACCUUAUAGAUUUUGUUAUGUAAAAUCGAUAUAAACUUCAAAUUCAGUUAAAAGAAAUUUUAUAAUACAAACUUUUUUUAAAGACAAAUGAUUAAUUCUUGAAAAGAAAUAUAUUUGGCUACUCAAAAUAUUUUUACAAUAUAAGGCUACAUUAUAAAUUCUAAUUGACCAAAAUUACAACUUUGUUGAACUUGAAAAGUUUAUUUUUCUUUAUGAUUUUAAAAUAGCAUGAAAUAUAACUGACAUUAAUUCUAUUUUCAUGACAGUUUUUGAAACCUCAGCAUGUAAAAAUGUACAAUUGAAUUUACUUGAUCAAACUAUUGAAUAAUGAUAAAAUAUGAAGAAAAUAAAGAUUACAGAUAUUU